AUGCGCGUCGCGUCGUCCCUGCGCGCGGUCGCGCGCGCGGCGUCGAGCGAGGCGCGGCGCGUGCCCACGUACGGACGCGAGGGCGCGUUCUUCGUCGGUGAGACCGCGACGAGCGGGCGCGGGGCGUACGCGGCGAGGGAUUUCGCGGUCGGCGAGGCGGUGGUUGUCCACGAGCGACCGCUCGUGUGCGCGCCGUCCAGGGCGAACGGACGGGCGAUCGCGUGCGAGACGUGCGUGCGAGAGAGCGGUGGCGAACGGUUUUGCUCCGAUGCGUGCGCACGGGCGGGGCGCGUGGAGUUUGAGCGCGAGCGAGGCAUCGAGUUCGACGAGUUGGAGGCGCGCUGCGACGCGCGGGCGUUAAAGUUUCCCUUGGUCGUGGCUCGAGCGGCGACGAUGAUCGCGAGUGGGUCACUUCAGUAUGGGUCGUUAGAGUUCUUAGUGAGCGCGAACGGGGUGGAGAAGGCGCCGCCGAGGCAGUGGGUGGAGGAGUGGGAGACGUUGCGAAGCGCGCUCGCUCGGGCGAGACCCGCGCUCGAGUGGACGCCGUCGCUCGAGUGGUACGCGAAGACCACGUCGAGGUUGCACCUGAACUCGUUUCGAGUGGAGAUUCCCCCGGCGAUGGUCGGCGCCGGGGCUGAUUUCAAAUCCACGAUGACGGCGGGCAUCGACGCCAUAGCGAGAGGCGCCGCGAGCGGAACCGCCGUGUAUUUCACCGCGUCUUUGUUCAAUCACUCGUGCGCGCCGAACGCGCACGUGUCGUGGGAAAAUGGUGACGCCGCGAUCACCAUACGCACCCUUCGACCGGUGCGCGCGGGUGAAGAGUUCAACAUCACUUACGUCGACGCGAACGAGCGCUCGGCGUCUCGCCGAGCGCGUCUCAAGGAGUGGUACGGCUUCGACUGCGCGUGCGAGCGCUGCGCCUCGGGCGAGGACUAA